AUGCUGACCAUUCUGUUGAUCCGAGUCGCGAUGUUGCCCGGCUCGCUGGUGGGUGUAAAGUACUACCUGACGCCGGACUUCUCGAAACUCAAGGAUGCCACCGCCUGGACGGACGCAGCCACCCAACUUUUCUUCUCCCUCAGUUGCUGCAAUGGCGGCCUGAUUGCGCUCUCCAGUUACAAUAAAUUCAACAAUAACUGCUGCCGAGAUGCUAUUAUAGUGGCCUGCAUCAACUGUGCCACCUCAAUCUAUGCUGGUUUCGUGGUCUUUUCCACUCUUGGCUUCAUGGCCGUUUCUCGGGGCGUCGGGAUUGCAGAUGUCGCUACCUCAGGUAGGUGUCCCUCUUUUUGCUACUUCUUGAAAGCCUCCCAAAGUACUAUUGCCACCGAUGAUACGUCAUAUCUACCAUCUGCAAUAAAAAUUAUUAAACUUAUACUUUUUCCAGUCUGCUUCUCUGCUAACCGCCUGUUUGGUGUCCCUCUACCAGGUCCAGGCUUGGUGUUCAUUGUCUACCCGGAGGCCAUUAACCAAAUGCCGUUGCCUGUCCUCUGGUCCGUAUUUUUCUUUCUCAUGCUGGUCACUUUGGGCAUGGGCAGCCAAUUUCCGCUCGUAGAAACUUUACUCUCAACUGCUCAGGAUGAAUUCCGUCGUUACGGUUACCUACAAACGAAAGCGUCACAGAUGAUAUUCCGGUAA